CCAUCUAGCCCAGCGUCAAAUUCCGUUCGAGAUGGUCCCAUGGAACGGUGCUAGAACAAAGGUCCAGAUCCGUCUAUCUAUUCAGCGCUUGCGAACGCUUCAGGAGAAGAAGCUUGCCCUCGCCAAGAAGUCUCGACGGGAGAUCGCGGAUCUCUUGCUGAAAGGAAGAGUGGAGACCGCCAAGCUCAGAGUUGAGGGUUUGAUACAGGAUGACAUUUACGUCGAGUUAUUGGAGAUCUUAGAGCUGUAUUCUGAGAAGCUACAAGCUAGGUUUGGGCUCCUGGAUGCCUCGACCGGGGAAGAGCCAGAGUCCUCCAUCGCCGAUGCAGUCUGCGCCAUAGUCUAUGCUGCGCCGCGGACAGAGCUGAAGGAGUUGCAAGUAUUGAGAGAGAUGUUGAUGCACAAAUAUGGCCGAAACUUUUCCCUCACACUCGUCUCCUCCGAUCCUCCACCUUCGUCUGUGCCUCCGCGUGUGCUGUCAAAGCUGGCAUUGUUUACGCCGGCACAGGAACUGGUCGACGCUUACUUAUAUGAGAUCGCGAAGGGCUACGGUGUCGAUUGGGCACCAGAUGGGCCCAUUGAAGAGGUUGAUGGCAAGGUGCCAUCUGCCGCUUUAAAUGACGGGACAGAGGGAGGAGACGACGAUGAACACAAUGGUCACGGUGGUGGUACCAAGGAGGCCGAGAAAGCUGCAGUACCAGUCGCCAAUGAGUCGGGGAAGAAGUCUCCAUCACCGUUACCCAGAGACAAGGAAGAUGAUCGGGCAGAAGCUCCCGCAUCUCAGCAGCCGGAGCCGAAGAAAAAGGUCAACGACGAUGAUGAGCUCGCCAAGCGGUUUGAACGAUUGAAGAAUCUGAAGUAAGAAAAAUGUUGUAUGCAUCUUGGGUGG